GCGAAGUGCGAACCCGUCCGAGGAGAUCCGUCCGAUUCCGUCGUACCAGACGAUGUUCGUUCGGAGCAACCUAAGGUUGCGCACGUCGGGGGUUUGACAGGGAUAUUGAUACCGGAACUUCGUUGCAUUGUGAUAGAUAAGUUCGAUAAACGCUUGUUUUGUGGCGCUUUAUCGCCGCCAGACGCUGCAGCCGUAGAACCUUGGACUUUACGCGAAUAUUGUGUAACGAUUUAUGAUAAAUCGCACGUAUAAAUUUUUCCUAUUCACCGAGCGUGCACGUGUCCUCUUCGCAAAUACUCGCGCGUACGUGUGUGCGUGAACGAGUUUAAUGACGUGUCCAUAAUUUCGGCAAUCCGAGGCGCGUUCGGCAGACACGAUAUUGAUUCAACCAGUUGACCUCGUGUCAGUUGUCAUCCGCAAGUUAGCGACAGUGAGCGUUACUUCAUUCGAAUUCGAAUAACACGUUUGCGAUCACAGUGCGAGUGCAAGUCGGUUGACUUAAGUGAAAUUUAAUCUUUUUCAAAACCCGACGCGGUAAAGGAAAAGGGAAAGACGUGGGAAAUUAAAAGAUGAGAUAAUUAUAUGACAUAUAAGUGACAAAUCAAUCCUAAGGGGAUCGUUCAUUAUAUAUCAGAAAAUCAGCAGAAUCACUAAACUAUAACACACAGUGGUUUUCGGUUGAGUUGACCGAGGUGGAAUUUGUAAAGAGAAUCAAUUGAUAUAUGAAAAAGACGAAAAAUCCUUUAUCACAAUGAUGGUUAGAGCUUUAUGCAAUACUUUUUCGGGAAGACAGAUUAGCUUGUGCGUGCAGUCACAGCUAUUAAAACGUAACCCAUACUUGAAUAUUGGCCAAUUGACACGCACAAUAUCCUCGCAUCAUGUCUCGAAGAAUAUUGAAUUUCUUACACAAAAUAAUCGUAUUAUUCCAUCUAAAAACAUUACUCAGAAUCUAAAUGUGAUAAAUAAUCGUCCAUUAUUAGUUAUUCUGACUUGGCUAUUAUCGGAGCGACGACAUGUCAUGAAGUUUGUCAAUUUGUAUAUGGAACAAGGAUUUGAUGUGGUGGUGGUAUCCCUUACGCCUUGGCAACUUAUGUGGCCUGCGAAAGGUUCUAGACUAGUGGCAGCAGAUUUGUUAACUUUCUUAAAACAAAACGAAAGUUACCAGCAAAUUCUAUUACAUGGGUUUUCAGUGGGUGGUUACAUGUGGGGUGAAGCUUUGGAUUUAAUACAAAAUAACAAGGACAAGUACAAUAACGUUACAGACAGAAUUGUUGGACAGGUGUGGGACAGUAUAGCUGACAUUAGUCAUAUCGCAAUUGGUUUUCCUCGUGCAGUAUUCCCGAAAAACAUGAUGUUGCAGUCUAUGUUACGAAAAUACGUAGAAUAUCACAUGAAGACAUUCCACCAACAAGCAACACAGUAUUACAUUCGAUCCAGUCAGGUAUUUCAUGCUGCUGGUGUACUACGUGUACCGGCAUUACUGUUUGUAAGCAAAACUGAUCCUGUUGGAGCUGUAACUAGUAAUUUAGCUCUGCGUGAUACUUGGGAAUCUUUAGGAAUAAAGACGUACAUGAAGAUAUUUGAAGAGUCGCCUCACGUUGCCCACUUUUAUACGUACCCUAAGGAAUAUGUUGCCGAACUUUACGCCUUUUUGCAAAAAUUAAGCUUAAUACAAAACGAAGACAAGAUUAGAGCGCGUCUCUAAGUAUCUCAAAAGUGCGCUGUUUGUUCACAUGUGUAGUUGUAUUUUUUAUAUGAAGUUGCCUUUUCAAUUAUAUUCCAUUUCAUACACUUAAUACUUGCCACAUGCAUAAUAUUAAUAGAUGGUAAACUUAAUUCUUGCCGUUCGCUAGAGGUGUCAGAUCCAACGCUGGCGAGUUUUGACGAUGAAAUCACAUGUUUUUUUUGUAGUUUAGAUAUUGCUGAAAGUGAUUCAAUCCUCACAAGUUAUAUUUCUCGACACCAAAGAUAAUUUCCAAUCGAUUGAAAAUGAGUCGUGACAAACUAUUUUGCCGACAUGUGCUCCUUUACUACUUUGACCUCAAGAAAAUCGCAGCUGAAACGCAUCGUUUAUUAUCUGAAGUGUAUGGCGAUGAAAUUCCAUCAAAAAGAACAAUAGAGUUUGGUUUGAACGCUUUCGAAACGGUGAUUUUGACGUGAGACAAAGAACGUCUUGGACAGCCAAAAAAACUUGCAAGAAUUGCUCGAUGAAAAUCCAGCUGAAAUUCUUUCAGGCUGUCGAAAGUGUUAAAUGUUACUUCAAUGGCCAAAUGGAGGAAAUUAUUUUGAGGUAUUCACACACAUUUUUUUUUCCUUCAAAACAAAUCAAUUUUGGAGAUGAAAAAACGG